ACUAAUAUCAAACAUGGCAAAACCUGCUAAAUCCACUAAGAAGUUCCAGAACAAGCACUUGAAGCAUACUAUUGAACAUCGUAGAGAAGUUCAGAAGAAUGCCAAGAAGUACGCUUCCAGAAAGAGAUCCAAGGGUAAGACCGAAGAUGGCGAUGAGGCAACUACUGGUGCUGCCACCACCAAGGCUAGUAAAGAAGUAUUCAAUGAUAUGUCUGUAGACGAUUUUUUCGCUGGUGGAUUUGAAGUUCCAAAGGAAAAGAAGUUCAAGAAGACUGAAGAAAGCGACGAUGAAGGCUCAUCAUCUGAAGAUGAAGAUGCCAUGAAGGAAGAUAUGAAAAACUUGGCUGACAAGGAUCCAGAAUUUUACAAGUAUUUGCAAGAUAACGACAAGGACUUGUUGGAUUUUGAAGGUGUGAAUCCUUUGGAUGCCAUUAGUGACGAUGAAUCUGAAGAAGAAGCUGAAGGUGAAAAGAGUGCUGAUGAAGAAAAGAAGGAUAAGAAAAAGACCAAGGCUGCUGCAGCUGAAUCAACCGGUACUAAGAAGGUUGAAAUUACAUCUGCAUUGGUAAAGCAAUGGGACACACAACUCACAAACAAGCCUACUGUUAAGGUGAUCAAGAACAUAGCUAUUGCAUUCAAGGCGGCUGUGAAUAUUCAAAACGCCCAAGACGAAGAUUAUAAAUAUGCUGUGACAGAUCCUAAGGCAUUCAACGCUCUCAUGUUACUUACUCUUCAAAAACUCCCAGAAGCCAUCCAAAAGUUGGUUAAAUACAAGGUUCAUGCUGGUACCGGUGCUAGAACUGUUCCACAAAAGAACCAAAGUGUAAAGCCAAUUUCUGCCAUUUUGAAGUCUGUAGCUGGUGCUUACAUUACUUUACUUCAAGACAUCACCAACACUGAAACUGCUGCUCUUGUUUUGGUUUCUCUUCAAGAAAUCUUCCCAUACUACCUUUCCUACCGUAGACUUUUGAAGGAAAUUUUGGGUGCUAUUGUCCGUAUUUGGGCUUCAACAAAUGAUGUUCAAACUCAAAUUGCCACUUUUGCCUUUUUGAACAAUGCUAGUAGAGAAUUCCCUCGUUCCAUUUUGGAAACUGUUUUGAAGCUGGUAUACUCCACAUUCUUACAAAACUGUCGUCACACUAACGUCCAUACCAUGUCCAUGCUUAACUUCUGUAAGAAUUCUGCUGCUGAAUUAUUUGGAAUAGAUGAAACUGUUUCUUACCAAGUUGGUUUUGAAUACGUUAGACAAUUGGCUAUUCACUUAAGAAACUCCAUAAAUGCUACUUCUAACGCUAAGGAAGGUUACAAGACCAUUUACAAUUGGCAAUAUUGUCACUCUCUUGAUUUCUGGUCGCGUGUUCUUGCUCAACAAUGUACUCCAGAAAAGGAAGCUGAAACUAAGAAGGAAUCUCCUUUAAGACAAUUAAUCUACCCAUUGGUUCAAGUCACUUUAGGUGCUAUCAGAUUGAUUCCUACCGCUCAAUUCUUCCCAUUGAGAUUUUACUUGAUUAAAUCUUUGACCAGAUUGCAAAACGGUACUGGUGUUUUCAUUCCAAUUUUCCCACUUCUUGCUGAAAUUUUGACAUCUACUGCCAUCACCAAGCCUCCAAAGAAGGCCACUUUGGAAGCUGUUGACUUUGAACACAACAUCAAGGUUAACCAAGCAUACUUGGGUACAAAGACUUACCAAGAUGGUUUAUGUGAACAAUUCAUAGAGUUGGCCAGUGAAUUCUUUGUAUUGUACACUAAAAAUAUUGCAUUCCCUGAACUUGCCACUCCUGCUAUCUUAUCCUUGAGAAGAUUUACAAAGAAAUCCAAGAACGUUCGUUUCAACAAGCAAUUGCAACAAUUGGUAGAGAAGCUUACUAGUAACUCUGAAUUUAUUACUGUAAAGAGAUCAAAUGUCGAAUAUGGACCAUCUAACAAGCAUGAAGUUCAAGCUUUCUUGAAUGACGUAGCAUGGGACAAGACUCCAUUGGGUCAAUACGUUGUUGUUCAAAGACAAGCAAAGGAAGAAAAGCUUAGAAUUUUACAAGAAGCAUUAGAAGAGGAUAAGGCUCGUGCUGAACAAGAAAAGGAACAAGCAGAAGAAUCUGACGUUGACAUGGAAGACUUGAAUGAAGGUGAAGAAUCUUCUGACGAAGAAUAGAUUUGAAAUGGCAUAUAUGUCUAUAUAUAUUAUUGAUAACUUAUUGGAUAAUUAGUAUAUACUACAAUAUUUUAAAUAAUUACAACACUUUAAGAAAGGAAGAC